GCGCUGCGGAAAUCGCAGAAGGUCUACUCCAUCUGGUUCCACCGGAAGUGGGUCAUCGAACACUUGUUCCAAGAGCUCAAGGCAGAUCCUGACAGCGUCAAAGUUCUGCUCGACACUGAGCUGGAGUUGUGCGGGAGGCUCCUGGAUGUGGACGAGCGAAAUUUCCAUUGUUGGAACCACCGCAUGCACGUGAUGGGUCUGAUGCGGUCCUGGCAAAAGGACCAACCGCAGCCAAUUGACUUGGGCUCCAUUGAUCUCCAGCUCAGCACGGACCUCAUCAAUCGGAACUUCUCCAAUUACUCAGCGUGGCAUUUGCGCACCCUGCUGCAACAGCGUGCUGGUACAGAGGAGCCACAAAUGGAGAUAGACAUCAAUCAGGAGCUGGAGUGGGUCCAAGAGGGAAUCUUCACUGAGCCAAACGACCAAUCUGUGUGGCUUUAUCACAACUGGCUGACCACGUUGGCACGUGGCACAGAAAUGCCCAGGAUAACACACUGUGUGCUCAUGGAUGGUGAGGUCUUUGUGUUCUUCUCGAAGCCUGUUUGUGCAUCUAAUGUCUCAAUGUCGCAAGGUGAUCAGAAGCUGGACGGGCAUCUAGAGCCCACUAUCCCAUCACGCAAGUCUGCUGUGCAGCGGACUCGUUCAUCUGCGAGACGCCGGCGCAAUUGUGCGCUCGGUUGGCAAUUUCAAGCGACAGGUGGCACCGUGCCGUGCUGCAGCCCAAUGGAGGUUCGCAUCGCAGUCGACAUCGAGGUUUUCGGAAGCCUUCCGGACGGCAAGGCAUCCCCUCUGUCGACUCUGCAGGUUGAAUUCCAGGGUCCGAUGAUUGACCUUUCUGCGGCUGCCUCCAGUCUCUCAGUCUUGGAUGCCUUUUUGGGAGAAAGGUUGGAGGAGCGGAAGAAAGAGGUCUUUGAGACGGAGCUCGAGAGGAUAAAGGAGCUACUGGAGAUCGAGCCUGACUGCAGGUGGGCGCUGCUGGCACAAAGUCGUCUGCAGGAUCGGCUUGUAUCCGGCUGCACUGCAGAGCAGCAGAAAUCUACUCAAAGCGCUCUUGCAGAGAGCGCGGCACACGCAAGCACGCUCGAUCCCCUGCGGAAGAACUUUUACUCCGACGCCGGGGCUGCAGCCCAUACUCGGCAGACGAUGCAGGCCUGGCUUGACUGCCCGGAGGCCUACAGAAACCCUUUGAACUUGAGCAGCCUGUCCAUGCGCCACCUGGCUCCAGCGAUCGCCACUUUCGCAUUUGGCGUCCGGGUCCUGAAGAUGGAUGACAACCAUUUGCGUGAGUUUGGGGCCGUCCUGGGACUCAUCAGUCUGGAGGACAUCUCGCUGUCCAAGAACCAGAUCCGGGGAGAUGCAGCGGAGGUCUUCGUGCUACCGAAGCUGCGCCGUGCCAACCUGAGCGGGAACCUCUUGGGCCUGCGAGGGCUGGAUGUGCCACCUCCGAAAUCCCUGGAGUACGUUGACCUGUCGGGCACAGAGGGCACCAAGUCUCUUGAUGGCCCUACGGCAGUGGGACUCUUGCUUGUAGGAUCUCCAGAAGCAGAUCGCCAACACUGGACUGCAGAAGUUGUGCCAGGGGAGGUGUGCAUCUGUCGUCGGCAGGCUUAG